AUAUGUCUUUUUAAACUGAAUUUUCUCUUGCUCUAUUUUCUAUAUCUCUUUUUAACAAGCCUGCUUAUUUUGAUGUGAGAUACCUUGAAGGAAAGAAAAUCUUCUGACCUUUUGUAAAAGAUAUUUCAGAGGAAAUAGGAGCCUACUGAGUUGCUGUUGGACUGCAGUCACAGCUAGAAUCUGCAUGGAAAUGACAAGAGAGGGUGGACCUUAAGGAGCAGCAGAAGCACGGGACCAAAGGUUACAUACACUCUUCCAAGUGCUCGGGAGUCUGUGGUUUAUGUAACUAAAAGCAGGUGUGUUAUCUCCCCCUUCCCCAUAUGAGCCAGGUGUAAUAGAGCUGAUGCACUGAGGACUUCAUAGCCGUGGGUGGUGUCAGUUACCGACCUGGGACUGAAAUUUCAAACGACCAAGGGAGCCGGAGGACUCAUAAUGGCCAUCGGUAUUUGAAAAUAUCUACAAACAAUCUUACAUUUUAUGCUUAAAUGAAUAAGCAAUGAAGCAGAAGAAGUGCAGCCCUUCCCGUUUCCUGAUUUUUAUUACUAUUUUAUUUAAAGUUGUGGAGACUGUUCCAGCGAAUGCCUAUGUGAAUCUGUUCUACUUCAACCCUACGAACAACAGCACUGUGACUGACGAAUGUGAAUGUGGCCUGUAUGGAUUAAACUCUCCUCUGACUAGUGCUCAGGGACUGGUGGGCAUUCCUAAAUCUGCUAAUCUUCAAGCCUGCGAUUACAACACAGAGUUCACCGUCACAGAAACACCGUGGAUAGCACUGAUCGAAAGAGGCAAUUGCACUUUUGCAGAAAAGAUCAAAUUGGCAACCAGAAGGGGUGCUGAAGCUGCUGUGAUCUACAAUGCCCCAAACCGCGGCAGUUACACCGUCCCCAUGUCACACGUUGGGGCAGGAGACAUUGUUGCAAUCAUGAUUGGGAAUCUGAAAGGCACAGAAAUUUUACGCCGGAUUGAGAGUGGCCUACAAGUAUCUAUGGUUAUUGAAGUGGGGAAGAAACAAGGACCCUGGAUGAGCCACUAUUCCAUCUUCUUUGUCUCUGUGUCAUUUUUCAUUGUCACAGCAGCGACAGUGGGCUACUUCAUUUUCUAUUCUGCUCGAAGACUCAGGCUGGCAAGAGCUCAGAACAGGAGACAAAGACAACUAAAAGCAGAGGCCAAGAAAGCUAUUGGACGGCUACAACUGCGCACACUAAAGCAAGGGGACAAGGAAAUUGGUCCGGAUGGUGACAGCUGUGCAGUGUGCAUUGAAGCAUACAAGCCCAAUGAAGUAGUGCGUAUCUUAACUUGCAAUCAUCUCUUCCACAAGAACUGUAUUGACCCCUGGCUGCUAGAACACAGGACGUGUCCCAUGUGCAAGUGUGAUAUACUCAAAGCUUUGGGAAUUGAGCCAGACAUAGAAGAUGCAGUGGAGUCCAUCCAAGCCACAGCGUCGAAUGAAACGCCAACUAUCGCUUCAGUUAAUGAAGAGGAUAAUCGGAGUGAGACUGCCUCAUCUGGCUAUGCCUCAGUACAAGGAACAGAUGAACCAGCUCUAGAGGAGCACACCGCUACGGACAAUGGCAACCAUGACGACCUGCAUCUCAUCAACAAUGAUUCCCCGUCUCCAGCCGUGGAUGUCUUCCCACACCUUGAUAACCCCAGCUUUGAAGAAGAUGAAACACGUGAUCAUGAAAUCAGGUCCUAAACCUGAUCCAUCCAGCAACACAGUUGGACCCUCUGUAACAAACUGCCGGCCGUGGUCAUGCAUACAUCAGACAUACCAACAAAUUGGUAGACUACCACUGCAGCAAUGUUACCUUGGAAAUAUCAGGAAGAAAUAGGAGAGGGGUUUGUUUGCUUGUUUUGUUUGUUUUAACAACUCAUAAUUAUGUGGUUUGGAAUGCUUAACCUUCUGUUCAUUUAAACACGUUAUGUUCCACAUGGACCUUAGUUCUAGCGUUCUCCACAUGAGCUGUUUCAAGGGAACAGAUGAAGAAAAUAGUUAGAUUUUAACACUAAACCAAACCUGCCUAACAUGGCCAUGCUAUUACAGAGCAAAACUUCUGUUCAGGUUUUGAAAACCGAUGUCCUUUCUUUAAAAUAAGGAGAAGACUGUCUCAUCCUGUAGUAGCUGUUUCUUUUGGGAAUUGUUUGUUUUGUUGUUUGAGGUUCUUGGCUUCUAGAUUUAGUAUAAAAAUAGAAUUUUAUUACAACCAAAUUGAUUUUGAUCUGGAUGACUACUUGUUUAAACUGAUGCAGAUGUGUGUCUUAAAGCAAUGUCAAUAAUACCGAUGCACUAAAUGUAAGAGGACAAAAUUCAAGGAAAUGUCUGUCAGUGUGUUCUGCCUGUAAUAUCUUUUGGAAUAUAUUUAACCUAGUGGAGAUGAAAGGUAAAGAUUCUAAUCCAUCUGAGACACAUUCCUAAAAAUGUUUUCAAGGGCUUCAAAUGACCAGUUGCAUCUGAUUUGCAUAACAUUGUAAAGGGAACAAGUCUGGCUUUUUUUCUAGUUUGUAAAAUAGUGUAAGCAGAGUCUGAAAACUACCGCUGGGUCCAGGAGUUGUUUCCAUAGCUUCAACACCAGCAAUGUUUGCUAGUCCUGGUUUGGAGGAAGUCUGACGUCUGUCCACUGAGAUUGAAGGUCUACUGAAAGUGACCCAAUAAAAUAACAUAAGGCAACAGCUGGAAAAGGACGUAAGGGGUGCUUAGUGUAGCAAGCUGGUUAAAAUUGCAGUGACAGCUGAUGUGCUGUAAACAGAUAGAAAAUUAUUUCUGAUAAAGCUUUCUAACAUUUGUGGGGAGCUGGACUAGGGUGUUUGGGUGGAACACGGUGCCUUAAUUCAAAGUCUAGAGCCUUGUCCACCAAAGUUAACUAAAUGCAUCUUAAAAAUGCACUUUAUUUUGUUGUAAUUUGUGGUGGUGUUUCUGAUGUCAGUGCUAGUAGAAUUUACUCUAAAGAACAGCAAUAAUAAUGUAGUACUUUCAUUUGUUGAACCUACUGGGAGAAAACAAUGCAUUUUUCCUAUUUCUGUGCAGUGUAAUUUAAAAAUGUUGUAAAUAAUUCAUGAUUUGUACUGAAUUCCUUUGAAUAUGAAAUGUAAAUAAAAGUAUAUUCUACUGG